CAGUUCCUCUGACAAAUACAAAAUGGUUGAAAACUAAAGUUGGCAAACAAAGAAAGGCAGCGUAGAUCGUGUUUAAACAUUCAAAACUGUGUUUGAGGUGAAAGUUUAUUAGUUUAGUGCAUAAUUAGUGAUUUGUGCACUAUGUUGGAUUUGGAAAUCAUCCCCGAGCGUUCCUUGGGAUGCGAUGCCUGGGAAUUCGUUCUAGGGAUGCAUUUCUCGCAGUCGGUGGCGAUUAUACAGAGCCAAGUGGGCACGAUACGAGGAGUACAAGUUUUAUAUAGUGAUCAGAGCCCUCUGUCGGUGGACCUAGUAAUAAAUAUGCCCCAGGACGGGAUCCGGUUGAUCUUCGACCCGGUCGCGCAGAGGCUCAAGAUUAUAGAGAUAUACAAUAUGAAAUUAGUUAAACUUAGGUAUAGCGGCAUGUGUUUCAACUCGCCGGAGAUAACGCCAUCUAUCGAGCAAGUGGAGCACUGUUUCGGCGCGACGCACCCCGGCCUGUACGACUCGCAGCGCCAUCUGUUCGCGCUCAACUUCAGGGGACUGUCUUUUUAUUUCCCCGUCGAUAGUAAAUUUGAGCCUGGGUACGCGCACGGACUGGGCUCCCUUCAAUUCCCCAACGGCGGGUCGCCAGUUGUGUCCCGAACUACCAUCUACCAUGGCUCCCAGCAUCAGGUCAGCAGUUCGAGCGGCGGUCUCUGCCAAGCGCCGUUGCCCGACCUCCCUUUGUGUUGCUACAGACACCAGUUACACCUGAGAAGGUGUGACGUCCUAAGAACCACAACAGCCACUCUCGGCUUGCGGCUACACAUGUUCACUGAGGGUACAAGUAGGUCGCUAGAGUCAGUCCCGCGCGCGGUGAGACGCGUGGUGCGCUUCGGCGACAGCUGCCAGAGCGUGGCGCGCGCGCUCGGCGCCCCCGCGCGUCUCUACUACAAGGCGGACGACAAGAUGCGCAUACACAGGCCCACCGCUCGCCGCCGGCCCCCGCCUGCCACUGACUACUUCCUCAACUAUUUUACUCUCGGAUUGGACGUGUUGUUCGAUGCUCGCACGCACCAAGUCAAGAAAUUCGUGUUACACACGAACUACCCCGGUCAUUAUAACUUCAAUAUGUACCACCGCUGCGAGUUCCAGCUAGCCGUUCUGCCGGACAAAUGCGACCCUAACUCGUUAGUGGACAACCGUACGGCGGUCACAAUAACCGCGUACAGCAAGUGGGAGGUGGUGUCUCGUGCGCUGCGCGUGUGCGAGAGGCCGGUGGUGCUCAACAGGGCCUCCUCCACCAACACCACCAACCCCUUCGGCUCCACCUUCUGCUACGGCUACCAGGACAUGAUCUUCGAGGUGAUGUCAAACAACUAUAUAGCAUCGAUAACUCUGUACCAGCCCGAGGGCUCCCGGCCUCACUACGCCGUCAACUCCAUCGCGUGACACACCCAGGUAUCCCCCAGCAAAAGUAAAUACGCGUCCUGAACGAUUUUGGUUCUGCAUCUCAAAAAAAAACCUCCACUAGUGGUAACACCACAGUAACAGUGUUGCCACAUCCAAAAACUUCGCGCGAAGUGACCACUACAUAUCCCUAUGAGCACCUAAGAGAAACAGUAUUUAAAAAAAAUGUGAUAAAAACUGUGAAAAAAAAAACUCGAAAAAAAGUGAGUGACAGAUCUCAGGAGUGUAAGUUUUAAUUUAAUUUUUUUAGCAGCAAUGGAUGAAAUAGUAAAAAGAAAAUAUUUUAUUUUUAAAACCAUGUACCUAAUUUAAGUUUUCAAAUGAUGGGUUAGUCAAAUGUGUUCGUUUACAUUCGUGGCUUGGUGUUAUUGGCCAUAAGUUUGAAUCACUUAUUGGGUAAAGCGUGUCAUAAUGGCCGGUUCACACGGAUUCAGUUCUUUAGUUGUUUACAAGUUCUUGAGUUAACCGAUAUGUGUAAAUAAUCAAUUAAGUAGCAAAUUAACUACUGCUAAGAUUUGUUUCUUAAUUCCUUCCUCGUCCAUAUAUCCCGGAAUAUGGAAUUCCGGGAUCGUCAAGGCAAGGGCGAAUAGGCAUUUUUUGAGCUUGCGUGUAAUAUCCCAAGCCUCAUCUUUUUCCCCAUCAGGCUAGAUUGAGUUCAAACACACCUUAGUAAGGGUUAUUUUUCUUGAUAUUUCGAUAUUACUUUAAUUUAAAAGCGUCAUAUUCAGCGUUAAAAAUUAGACUACUUGUCCUGAUCACUGAUAAAUACUAUAACAAUUCUACUUAAACAGCAGGAGAUUGACUAGUACAGGCAGUCCCUUGCAGUAAAAAAAAAUGAAUAGCUAGUUAUAAAAAAAAAUAUUAAUACUAUAUCGAGUGUGUACUCAUAUAGAUGGACAUACCAAAAAAUUUAGUUAACAAUUUACGUUAGUUAGUUUACGUGUAAACCAGCCAUAAUGUCCGCUGCGUUACGCGUAGUCGUAGAACUUAUUCAACCUAUCUCUGUCACACAUCAUACGUGCGAUAGAAAUGGGCUACUCACCUUACGCACAUCUUGGUAUACGCGCUACGAUCAUGCGUCUUAAACAAAACUCAAUAAAAUACUCAAAUAUAUGAAUAAAAUAAAACGUUAAUGCUCAAAGAAAAUAAGAUUCACUUUUCAAUAUUAAAUCUGUCGUGUUACAACUUUUAGCGCGUUUUCAGAAACGCUACAUACGAAUAGCAUAAUGAUGACUAAAUCUAAAUUCUUAUAAUAUUUUUACACUUCACUAUGACUAAAUUACUUUCAUGAAAAUAUUUAUUAAUCUAGUACAAGUGAAUGAUCACUGUCAUUGCAUGUAUAAAAGUAUUUUUUGCAUAAUAUUACAAGCCAGCAGUUAUCAAUUUUAUGGCCAUAUAACACCAUCACAUUAGGCAUAGACUGUUGUAAAUAUUUUUGAAAAAAAAAAGUAAUGAAAAAUAAUAAUAUUAAUAAAUCGAUGUAUUUUUUCUAAAAAAAAAUGAUUUUCAUGAAGAAGUUUGCUAGCGAAUGCGUGAUCGUGAUCAAGUAUGAUAAAAAAAAACUAUUUUAUCUAUGACAGCACCACAGUUCAGCCAUUUUAUUUAAAUUGCAAUGUGAGUGAGCCAAAGAAUGUUAUUUAUACAGCCGCAUACUAUAUGUUUCGGGAUAAUAUUUAUGCAAUUAUUGCUGGCUAGUAAUAAAAAAGUAAUUACAUACAAAUAUUUACAGUCUAAUUAUUUUUUUUUUACUUCUAAACUUGAACGGGGCUGAUAACGACUUUAAUUGCUUAUCCGUAGAGUCGAUAUUGCACUGUAAUCAUAUUUUAGAAGUGAAAGAAUUGAAUGGGUGAUUUAAUAAUUUAUGGUUAAAAGGUACUCACUCAUGUAAGUUUUAAUGUAUGUAAAAUUAGUGUGACGAUGGCUUUCCAUGCUUAAAAUGUUUUCGAUAUGUGGUCGUAAAUUUCGUAGUGUGUGUGUAUGUUUGUGACGAUUCUACUUGACCACUAUGUUCAGUCACAAAAUUCUGUACAGAUGAUUUUCCUAUAUAAAUCGUUUAUAUUCAGUUGACUUUUAUAUUUAUAUAAUCCUUUUUCCAAGUUCGACCAUCUUGAAAAAAGCUAUGUAUUAAUAUAAAUGGAAAAUAAAUGUGGUGAGCGAAGUGAAUGUUCCAAACGUCAAAUUGUUUUUGACAUCUGUCAAAUAAUCACAUAUUUUUUUGUGUAUUUGAACGUGUCUGUUGUAUGAAUGCUUUAUUACAUUUAUCGAUUAGAAUUCUAAUUGUCAACAAAUGUGCUCGACGUAUUAUUUUGUAAAUAAUAGAAUACGCACAAUCUGUGACAUUUGACAGCUGUCAGAAAUAUCAAAGAGAUAUAUUUUUGUUACUCGGCGCAAUCGACUACUAUCAGACCUCUGUAUAGUGCUUUUUGGCUUGUAAUAGUGCCAAUUUAUUCAAAGGUGUUUGCUGUCAAGUCAUAAUUUGAAUAAUAUGAGCUUAAAGUAGUAAAAAAUGGCGCGGAGGCUGGUUGUGAUGUUUAAAAGCCUUCUGCUGAGGCAAUAUGACACCUUGGUUUAUAGGAUUAACGGCAUCCGCAGCGUGACUUGUAGUCUUUGGGUAUUUUGUUCCUGUCUCAGUUGUUUUUGCAGUAACCAACGAUAUACCAUCCAUAGCCAACAGUCCCUCACUAAAAACAUGGGCAAGUUGCUUAUCUUUCUCACACUUAAAAUGUGAGAGUAAGACAAACUGAAUACGUACUACGACUACGCGUAACGCAGCGGACGGCCUUAGUGUUGCAUGAAUUAUUUGAGCUAUUUUGAUCGCCAUGUUUUUUUAUACGCAUGUUCUUGUUCGUAUCUAUAAAAGUAUAUUGCAAUAGCUAAUAAUUUGUUUCCUAUAGCUUACUUUUGUCUCAUAGACCCUUUAUAGAAAAUUUGAAGUAGUUUUUAUCAGAAAGUAAGAGAGUUAUAUGUAUGUAAAAUACUGUUCAUAUAAAUAUAACUAAUAUGGCGUCAAAAUAAUUCAAAUUAUAAACUGUACAGUUAUUUUCUAUGCACAGUAAGUCACUUGUGUGUGUCUUAAUUUAUUAGUGGCUGUGGUGCCAUACAAAAAAAAAAGUUAAAAAAUUCGACAAAUAAUAUAAUAAAAAAAGUAUUAAAUUUAAGGUAGCGAAAGCUGCAUUUUCGAUGGUUGUGUGUGGGUGCCCUUAUCUUUUUGAAAGUUAUAUUGUUUUGUGCCCAAAAUGUAAUUCGUUUGUAUUGUUGUACAUUUAAUUUUAGGUGCUACAUGAAAGAAAUUUGGAAAAAUUUACACAAAUUGUAGCUUUAAAAAUUUUAAAUUUACCUAUUACCAAAAGUGUGUUCAAUAAAUUAUUAAAUUGUGAAAAAAUAACCUGCACAAUUUGUGUAUCUGGUCUGGCCAUUUUUAAGAUAAAAAAGGAUGAAAUUUAAAAAAAAAUUUGACGUUUCUUUCCAAUUUCGAAUUCUGGAGAUUAAUGGCGGCCACACACAAUAUCGAACUAUUUUUAUAACGUUAGUUAGCUUACGUUCGCCUGCGUUAUGUAACGCGCAGUUUCGUCACUUAAUUCAUAAUGUUUGUAUAUGUCAGCCUUGAAUUCGGUUAAAUCAUCUAAAAUGGCUUUUAUCUUCCAGCAAACAUACCAAAUAUGUUAGUGCCUACUCACAGGACAUACGUAACAAUAUACACAUACCACAUGUCCAAAGGCCCUGGGGGGAAAAAACAACUAGGGCCCUAACUAAACUCGUUUAUUUUCUAAAUUCGUCGUGUUAAUUAAUAAUUUAUUAAUUGAUAAAUAUUGUAAAAACUGUUUUUAAUAACUUGUCAUUAUUAUAGAGCCUAGAUUUCGGAUGUGCGAUAAGUUUUCAAUAUUUCAACUUAUAGUUUACAAGUCAGAUUCCUAGGGCCCCUGAGCGUUGGGGCCCGGGGCACUGCCCUCUAGCCCUCUUGUAGCUACGCCACUGCGUUGGCAAACGAUUCAAUGUUAUACUCUCAUAUAUUUUUUGAAAAGUGUGGUGGAGUAUCAACUUGCAAGUCUUCAUUCAUUAAACACAUUUCUAUCUUUCUUUCUUCUUCUUUCUUUAUAAUAUACGUCGCAUAAUGGAGUGGUCCUGUAGGAUUAUAUAGAAACGAUUUCUUAAACGUUACUUCCCUUUCUAGCUUCAACUUUUCUUUAAAUCUCAUUUUAUAAAAUGUGGUCGUCCAAAUCAAAAAGGACCUUAUGGCGUCCGGCACUUCCGGCAUUAUUGCCGUGGUUUUGUAUUGGAACAACGGUAAUAAAGACCUAAGUACCAGCCGCCACAAGGUCCCUUUUGAUUUGGACGGCCACAAAUGGUAGUUUUGCAUGUAAAUACAUAGAUCAACUAAACAAGAAACAAUAUCCGUGGUACAGAUUACAAGAAGGAAUAUUCAAAACUUUUAAUGUUAAAUCAUGAAUUUUAGACGGCUUCACAGUCAAUUUUUUUGUUGUUUUAUUUGAAACAUGAGUACUUAUUAUGUAAUUUCAUUUAGCCAUAUAUAAACUUAUACAAAUAAUAUGGUAUGUUUGCAUUGACAAUCUAUAUAGUAUUUGAUAUUACGUAUAUCAGGAUAAUAAUACUCAGAAAGUCCAGAAUCAGAUUAAUAUUAAAAUAAUUUAUCUUAUUAUUUUGUAAGUGAAAUUAGAUAUUUUUUUUUGUAACAUCCCCAAUGGACAUGUUAUAAUUUGAAUUGAGUUUUGAAUAUUUUUGAAUAUUAAUUUUAAAAGUGGCAUGUUGCGUGCUACAAAGAUAUUUUGAAUGGCAACCCAUAAAAUUGUGUUAAAUAAAAAUGUGCUCUAAAUAAAACAUUAUUUAAUUUGAUCUAAAUUACGUGCAUUACGUAGUAGAUAGAUACUAAUAGCUUAUAAUAAUUUUUUAAAUCGAUAUUUUUGAAUAUAGAAUUACACGUUGUACCUAAAAGUGGCCAGUGCCGUCUACCUCUUAGAUUUUUAACGCAUUAAUUCUAUAAUAUUUUUUCAAUCAAAUAUUAUUUUAGAUUUUUAACGCAUUAAUUCUAUAAUAUUUUUUCAAUCAAAUAUUAUUUUUAAAAGGAGAAAAGCCAGUUCUAAAUUUUACUCAAGAAGGCUGACAUAAUAAAAUCGUAUAAUAUAGUUAUAUAGUAUAUUAUACGUGUGUAGCGUUAUAUUAUGCAUUUAGUGAUUAACAAACUUUGAAUAGCUAAUAGACAAGAUCUUUUCUUACAUUAUAUAUAAAUUAUAUUUUAAGUAGUAACAAUUGUAAUGAGGCAUAAUAUAACGAGAUAGAUUGUUUCCAAUUUGAAUUUCGAAUUUCUCAUGCCGGCUUUUACUUCUUAAAUGUUGCCAGGUAAAAACUGCUAGAUUGAGAAAUAGUUUUUAUUUAUUGCUACCAUAAUAUUGUAAAAAUUGUUGAAGAGUCAAUUUGUUGAAGUUAUUGUGUUAUAAACAAAAAAAACAAAAUCAAUAGUUCGCAUUGUGUUUGUACUAAGUUUGAUCUUUGAUAUGUAAAAUGUGUGUUUACAUCAGAAAUGGCAAAAUGUUCUGUCUGGUAGAUGUGAUGAAUGAAAAAUUAAAAAUACUAGUUUUAAAUUUUGGAUAUUUUUGGUCAAACGCUUAGUACAAAUCACAUACUUUAAGCGAUUUAAAAGCACUAAAAGCAUUGUAUGGGUGACGACAGUUGAAAAAUAAAAUUCAAGAAAAUGCAA